AAGGGGCGCUGAUGCCCCCAUAAGCCGCGGUAAAUGCUCCCGUGACACAUUGCGUUAGAAUGGCAGCAGACUCCGAAUCCAAACUGCAGCUGGUCCAAAGACACAUCCGAGCCUUCCCGGACUUUCCCCAGCAGGGCAUCUUGUUCAGGGACAUCUGUCCCAUCCUGAAGGAUCCGGCUGCUCUGACAGCUGUGAUUGACCUGUUUGAAGACCAUGUGAGGAAGAACCACCAGCAGCUGGACCUGAUUGUUGGUCUGGAUGCUCGUGGUUUCCUGUUCGGCCCUCUGCUUGCCCAGCGGCUGGGCCUCGGCUUCGUCCUGGUCAGGAAGAAAGGCAAGCUGCCUGGAACCACCGUGUCCGUGGCAUACGACUUGGAGUACGGAAAGGCAGAAGUAGAGAUACAGGAGGAUGCUGUGGCUCCAGGACAGAAGGUCCUACUCAUUGAUGACCUUUUGGCCACUGGAGGGACGCUGCACGCCGCCUGUGAGCUGAUGGAGAAGCUGCAGGCGCAGAUAGCGGGCUGCCUGGUGGUGAUCGAGCUCCAGGAGCUGAAGGGCGCCGACAAGCUGAAGCCGCACCGCGUCUUCUCACUGCUGCGCUACUGAAAGCACAGACGAGUCCGCUGCCUCCCAACAAGGUCGCUUCAACCACACGUUGAUAUGCCAUUCCAUUUCAGUCAGCACUAAGAUUUAAAUACACAUGUGGUCUAUUAUUCAUUCAUGCUGCCGCUAUGUGUCCGUGGAUCUGUAACAAAGCUGAUGCAUGCUGGGAUCAGUCCCGGCCUUUUAAGCAAAGACAUACAUGAAAACGUAUCAUUCGAUACUAAGCUUUGAUUUACCGCAUUUUAAAUAAUACAAUCAAAUGAACAGCUUUUGAAGGAUUGACAUUGUUGUAGAGACUUCAGAUUGAGACGACCAGGAGGCUCUUAAGUAAAGUUUGGAAUGUGGCUCAGCUAAUAAUGAAAAUAUUAGUGGUUUGAUGUAGAAAUUCAGGCAAAUAAAACCAAUCAAAAAUAAGUAAAGUUA